UUUGCGCCAAAACCACCAAACUCGAAGCGGAGUCCCGAAAGCAGAUCGCCCUGCAGCACUGCACGCAAUGGGCUACCGCGCUACAGCGGCAGCGUCAGCAAUGGGCGACAGCCCUCCCUUCGCGGCGGGGAUACACAUAUACAUAGGCCCAGCGGCUCUCGCGGAUCUCUGCUGCGACAUCCUCGGUUCUGGAUGAACUAAGUUGCGGAGACGUUUGUGGGGCAUUCCAGCACCACUGCAGCUCCCACAGCUCCUCUCCCGACUGCGCUCUCUACACCUACAACCCAUUCUCUCAGGGACAAGCGAGAUGCGUGCAGCUUCAGCCAUUGUGUCGCCCUUGCGGCGCCUUGCCCCGACUGCUGUGAGACAUACUCAGCGACGAUGCUUCUCCAACUCGCAGAACAUGCAGGCCGUAUGGGGCUUCAUAGGUCUUGGACGCAUGGGAUAUCCCAUGGCGAAGAACCUGCGAGCGAAGCUACCGGCCACCGACACUCUCAUCGUUCAAGACGUCAACCUUGAUGCCACAAAGCAGUUCCUUGGUGAGCAUUCUGAGGGUGUCAUUGUCGCCGAAAACGUGCGGGAAGUCGCAGAAAAAUCGGAAUGUGUUAUCACCGUUCUGCCAGAGCCACACCACGUAGCAGGCGUAUACAAGUCGAUGUUGCAACCACCAAGCCUACUGAAGGACGGAACCGCCAAGGAACGCCUCUUCAUUGACUGCUCAACCAUCGAUCCAACGACCUCGCGUGAAGUUGCGAACGCAGCAACGCUAUCUGGCCAAGGCAAAUUCAUCGAUUCUCCCAUGUCCGGCGGCGUUGUCGGCGCUCAAGCCGGUACUCUGACUUUCAUGAUUGGUGCAAGUGCGGAUGUAGUGGACCGCGCCACGGAAGUGCUGUCGCUGAUGGGUCGUCGCGUAUUGCAUUUGGGUGAACAGGGUGCUGGUCUUCACGGCAAGCUUGCCAACAACUACCUCCUAGCUCUCAACAACAUCGCCACCGCAGAAGCCAUGAACAUGGGUAUCCAAUGGGGACUCGACCCCAAAGCUCUUGCUGGAAUGAUCAAUAUCAGUACUGGCAAAUGCUGGCCGAGCGAGGUCAACAACCCAGUGCCAGGUGUAAUUGAGGGUUCUCCCGCAUCUCGAGGCUACGAGGGAGGAUUCGGGGUGGCUCUUGCGAACAAGGAUCUCAAGUUGGCCCUGAAGGCUGCGAAGGAGGCGAAUAUCAAAGUCGUUCUGGGCGAUGCUGCCAAGCAGCUUUACGAUGAGACCGAGGCAGACUCCAAUUGCAAAGGCAAGGAUUUCUCUGUCGUAUAUAGAUUCCUGGGAGGCAAAGAAUAGACGCAUCAUCCAUCAAUCAUGAAUUACACUUCUCAAUUUCCGAGUCAUCUAGCAUUUCGGCCCUGUACCAAAGCUC